AUGGCUCGCUCCGGCAGGCUCGGAACCGGCACCGGGCCUAGCCCAUCGGCCCCACUUGCCCCCGACUCAGAACCAGAAACCCCUAUCCUCCCCUCAUCACCCGAGUACGCCGAGCCGCCGGCUGAGCUGCCCCCUUUCACUGGCGACCUCCGCGCCACCUUGGAGGGCUUUUGCGGUCCAUUCGAGUCGCUGCCAAACUCGGAUGAAUUCGGUCGAGCCCUCAGGGAACUCAGGCCGGAAUGGCUAGAUGACGGGUCCAAAGUUGACUCCGGGAUGGUCGCAGUCGCCCUCCUCUGCCGCACCUCAACAACGGCCACCUUUGGCUAUCGGACCUGUUUUCACUUUCCAUAUGAUAGAAACUUCCGCACCAAUUACAGUUUUGCUCAAAGUGCCAUUGCUAAAAGUGUUUUCGGGCAUGUUGGAUACAAAGUUGCUGUACUGUUGGAAUGCAAUGAAAAUUCUGUUAAAUAUUUAAUUAUCUUCCUCGGCAACUUUUCUGACUUUGACCUAUCAGCCAACUGCUUAGCAAUAGUAUAUUGUUUUUGGGCAGCAAAUUCGAAUUUUGAACUAGGACGGGGUGAUAGAACAAGUGAUUGGAAGCCACGACUUAUUCCUAGCCUCAACGAUGUUCGAAUCAUUCAAAUAGCUUGUGGUGGUUACCAUUCUUUAGCUUUAACAGAUAAUGGCAAAGUUCUUUCAUGGGGCCAUGGUGGUCAUGGUCAAUUGGGUCAUCAUUCUAUUCAAAACCAGGGAGUUCCUCUUGUUAUUGAAGCUCUGGCUCAGGAAAAUAUUGUCUUUAUAGCAUGUGGAGGUUCAUCUUCAGCUGCUGUUACAGACACAGGGAAGUUAUUCAUGUGGGGAAAUGCAAGGGAUUGUCAGCUAGGUGUUCCUGGGCUACCAGAUGUUCAACCUUUUCCCAUUGAAGUGAAGUUCCUUAUGGAGGAUGAAGAAUUGGGCCCACAUCAUGUUAUUUCUGUUGCAGUUGGUGCAUCACAUGGCAUGUGCUUGGUUGCAAGACAAUGCCAAUUGCUAGAGGAUUUGCCAUCCAGAUUGUACCAAACACCUUAAUUUAAGAAGCCACAGCUCUCCUAAACUAUUGUGUAUAAACAUCCUAGCUGAGAUUGUAGAGGAAGUCUGCGAUUCAUUAAAAUCUGAGUCCAAGUAGUGCUCCCAUCUAUAGCAAAUAAAUUGGGGGGAAGAAUCCUGGUGAGGAGUAAGAGUCCAUACAAAUUUGAGUGAUCGGCUGCAAUUGAUGUCUGAUGAAACAAAGUAGAAACUGUGGUAUAUAGUGCUGAUAGUGUUGAUGUGCACUUUGGACACCUCCAUGCCAGGGAACGGCGAACCAAAUGUUGCAGAUAUAGUAGGAGAAUUUUUACGGUUUCAUUUUGAUAUUUUUCUUAUGUGAUUGUUGCCCUUGUAAUCACUACUGCAAGGGACAAAUAUGAUCACAGUGCUAUAUCGUAGCCCACAAUCAGGAAACAAGAGUUGAAUAAGUAUUUUUGAGUUUGCUGGUUGAAGACAUACUUGUUUCUGGCAUUCUGUUUGCGGCAUUAAAUUUCAUACACCUGUGCAGAAUGAUAUUUUAUGUCAUUUGCAGCUGGUGCUCAAGAUUCAA